AUGUUUAUUUCUUUAUUUUAUUUGUUUCAUUUCAAUUCUUCCAACUCUUUUUUCCUUUUUCUCCUUUUUCCUAUCAUAUUUUUUCUUUCUUACUUUCUUUUUUUUUUCACUAUUAACACGCCAUCCAAUUAUUCUAUAACAAAUCAACAAAUUUUUGUUUCUUUUCCUCCUUUUUUCUUUUUCUACCCAUUUUCAUCACUAAGUUUUUCCCCGUCUCUCUAUUUCUUUCUUUCUUUCUUUCUUUCUUUCUUUCUUUCUUUCUUUCUUUCUUUCUUUUCGAUCUUGUUUGCUUCUUUGUCUCGUUUGUUUCUUUCUUUCUUUUCCUCAAUAUUUCUUCUUUCUUCUCUUUCAGUUUCUCUGUUCUUUCUCCCUUUCUAUCUUUCUUUCUUUUUUUCUUUCUUUCUUUCUUUCUUUCUUUCUUUCUUUCUUUCUUUCUUUCUUUUCGAUCUUGUUUGCUUCUUUGUCUCGUUUGUUUGUUUCUUUCUUUUCCUUAAUAUUUCUUCGUUCUUCUCUUUUAGUUUCACUGUUCUUUCUUUCUUUCUUUCUUUCUUUCUUGCUUUCUUUCUUUCUGUUCAUGUAGACACUAUCUUUCUUUUUCUUCCUCACUUGAUGCACUUCAUCUCCCAAAUUUCUACUCCGAAAUUGUCCUUCCUUCCUUCCUUCCUUCUUUCCUUCCUUCCUUCCUUCCUUCCUUCUCUUUUCUUUUCCUUGCUAACAACUUUCCCUUGA